CCGACCGCCAUUUUUCCUUUUGCGUGUCCCAACUUUGUGUGGUGAGCUGCCUGUCAGAAGUUGCUUUUAAAUCGAAACGACACCUAUUCAAAAAGUUUUAAGAUGUUUUAACAUCGCAGUGUAGGUACGUGACAACAAAUUUGUUUAGCAAGAUCAUGCUGUUGGGGCUGCAGACUUUGCUAUCUUUUCUGGCCAGCUUUUUGUUGGUUAAAGGUGACAACAUCACCUACCAUCACAACUACAAGCGCAGUUUUACAGCAACUUCUUUGUAUCGCUUACCUUACUACGGCCAAAUUCGGUAUGCGAUUUACGAUGGUAAAGAGAUUAUUAUUGAUGGAAGCCUCCUUUCUAGAGCAACAAGGAUGACUUUGGAGCUAUGCGAUACCAACAAAUGCAACAACCAUGUUCCAAUCCACGUAUCAUUCCGACUGAACACAAACCAAAUGAUAGUCAGCUCUAAGACAGCUGGGAAGUGGAACCGCGAAAUUAACGCGGGCUCGAUCCCUGUGACCAAAGGACAGACUUUCACCAUCAAGUUCGUCAUUCACAGCAACAAGAUCAGGAUUUACAACAAGCAGAGAUUAGUGUAUGAUUUUAUAAACCCCAUUACCUUCGACAACAUCCAAUUUAUCUCCAUUCGUGAUAAUGCAGUUGUGACUUCGAUCCUGUAUUCUAAUUCAAACAUUGUUAUUCCAAGAUCAGCACACGGACAAUAUAUCAUUUUACAAGCCACACCCACAAGUGCUGAGAGGUUUACCUUUACGAUCGAGUGCUGGUACGACGUCACCGUGCAGCUUGAGGCCUUGUUUAACUUCGAAGGAGAUGAGAAUGAAGUCCUCGUCACCAAACGCAUCAGCGGCGUUUGGGACACUGAGUACGAAUGCUGCUGCGUUUUUCCCUUCACAGUCAACACGGCUUUCACAAUGAGGAUUAUGUACACAACCACGGAUAUUGAGAUAACUGUAGGAGAUGCAGAUGAAUUCAAGUACACGCAGCCGUCUGUAAGCGGUUGCACAGAGGAAAAACUUGUCUGGAGCCAAAUGACCGUCUCCACACUGCACACCACGUGAACCAUCUCAAUCGACUGACCAAAUGACAAGAUACUGACAAUCGACUGACCAAAUGACAAGAUACUGACAAUUCACAGACCAAAUGACAAGAUACUGACAAUUGACAGACCAAAUGACAAGAUACUGACAAUCGACAGACCAAAUGACAAGAUACUGACAAUUGACAGACCAAAUGACAAGAUACUGACAAUUGACAGACCAAAUGACAAGAUACUGACAAUUGACAGACCAAAUGACAAGAUACUGACAAUUGACAGACCAAAUGACAAGAUACUGACAUUUGACAGGCCGAAUGACAAGAUACUGACAAUCGACUGACCAAAUGACAAGAUACUGACAAUCGACUGACCAAAUGACAAGAUACUGACAAUCGACUGACCAAAUGACAAGAUACUGACAAUCGACUGACCAAAUGACAAGAUACGGACAAGUGACAGACCAAAUGACAAGAUACUGACAAUCGACUGACCAAAUGACAAGAUACUGACAAUCGACUGACCGAAUGACAAGAUACUGACAAUCGACUGACCGAAUGACAAGAUAGUGACAAUCGACUGACCGAAUGACAAGAUAGUGACAUUUGACAGACCGAAUGACAAGAUACUGACAAUCGACAGACCGAAUGACAAGAUAGUGACAUUUGACAGACCAAAUGACAAGAUACUGACAAUUGACUGACCAAAUGACAAGAUACUGACAAUUGACUGACCAAAUGACAAGAUACUGACAAGUGACAGACCAAACGACAAGAUACUGACAAGUGACAGACCAAACGACAAGAUACUGACAGUUGACAUACAUAAUGCUGUUAUAUUGACAAUUGACUGACCGAAUAAUGUUUUUCUGCUGGGUAGAUGUAUUUAUAGAAAUGUUUUGGAAAGUCACUAGUAAAACUUCUUUUUUAACACUGCGGAGUCCUAUUCGGUUGCCGCAUAUAAACGUUUAAGCGACUGCUUGAUAAAACUAACCAAAAUUAACGUACAUAUUGUAAUACUAAUUCAAAUAAUGAUUCGUGAAAGAAAUUGGACGUAGUUGUGUUAUCUACCAAAACAAUUUUCUUUUUCCUUAAAAACGAAGUAAUUAACUUUCUUCAAUAAGAAAAUAAUUACUUAAAAUUUACAAAUUAUUAUCUCAGUUAUGUCUGGGUUUUAAGUUAAAUCGUAAAAAAAAAUAGCCUUUUUACCGCAGAGGUGUUUAGAAAAUAAUGGAGCGGAAAAAACUAGUUCCGGUAAAAAUUGAACAAAAACUCCGGGCUUAAAAAAAUUAAAGAAAAAAAUUCUUAAAAUAUUUAUUUGGCCAUUAAACAGGUGGAAUAUGCAUUUUCAGUUAGCUGCUUUUCUGUAGAUUAGCUUCUGUAGAGUCAGCUUCCGGGUAGUUAGGUUUCAAACAUAUUUUAUAACCAAUAACAAAAUACUUUUUUUAAAAAUUUAAUUGUUUAUAUUUAUAUACGGUAUAGGUACUUUUUAUUCUAUUCUGUAUAUUCUAUCCUAUGGGUAUUUCUACAGUAAUAUAACAACUGAAAGAAAAUUAAUUAUAGUGUUUAAAAUGUUAUGUGAGAAAAGUAAUUCUUCUUCUUUGUCUUUCUUAAUUUUAAUUUUGGAAGUUAUUUUCUUCAACACUUAUGUGUCAACACUUUAUGUAUUUUGUGUUUCGUGGUUUUUUUUUUCUUUCUUUUUUCUUUGUGUUUCGUUGAAUCUAAUUUCAACAUGCUUUCCUUUCUAUACUUGAUUCCAACAAAGAAUUAAACCUUUUUAAUCGUAAUGGUGUAAAACGUCUAAAGUACUCAUCGUCUAAAUUAAUGAUUUAAAAAUUAAUAUUGAAAGUGUUGUAAAACAAUUUUCAUUUUUUAAACUUAUAGUGACAAUUUUCGGCAUGUCCAUCACACAAAACUUUAAAAAAUGUAUCACCUUUCAAAAAACAUCUAAUUAUGUCUGAAAAUUAUUUACAUUUAGUUAUUUAGAACUCAUUACGUCACCUGAUAAAUUAGGCGAACGCAAUUACUUCCCUUUAUAAUAAACAUUACAUAGGGUGGAGAAAUUUAUUUUUAUUAUUUUGUUUUGGUGUUGGGAAAAAAAACAAAUUACAUAAUUAGCAGAGAUUGAUCAAGUGCAAUGUGGUAGGUAUUUCAAAUAGUGCCUUUUGUUUAUUUUAUACACUGGACGUACUGUUUACUAAUUAUUUUUGAAUCAAGAACAGUUAAGAAGCCAGCCCCUAAAUGCCCUCUAUGUUUACUUCUUUCCGUUAGCGGAUGAGCUUGGGGUAUUAUAAUUGUUCACUAAAUUAAAACAAGCCAGUCAGCCGGCGCCCUGGCACGGCUCGAUUUGGCAAUCUGGGCUAUCCUAUAAACACUAUGAAGCACAAUUUCUUUUUAAACAGUGCGGUAGACUAUGGAUAAGAUGGGUUACUAUAGUCUUUAAGUAAAUCAAAUCCGGCCGUCCUCCGACACUCUGACAGGGUGCUAUUUGGUGCCCCGGGCCUUCCCUUGUUCGCUAUGGCGCUUACGCUCGGUUAAGUGGCUGCAAAAGAAUAUGAAUAAGUUGGGGUACUAUAGUCGUUUACUAACUUGAAUCAGGUGGUUCCACCGGCGCCACAUAAUGAUGCGAUUUGGCGCCCGGGGCUAGACUGUCAGCACUUGUAGUGUAUGUUUGCGUUUGUGUUUUUUUGUGUUUGGGUUGGCGUUUGUAGUUGGGUUUGUUUUGAUUUGUUUUGUUUUCGUUUACUUUGUGUUUUCUUUGUGUUUGCGUUUGCGUUUGUGGUUGGGGUUGUGUUUGCGUUUGUGUUUGUAUUUGUGUUUGUGCUUGCAUUUGUGUUAUGUUUGCGUUUUUUUUUUGUAUUUUGGUUUUUGCUGGUUCUGGUUAGGGUGGUCGAUGUCGGGUAUGUGCGGAUUACUAAACACACAUGUCGUGGUCAUUUAAAGAUAGGUUUUUCACAGAGGCCAACGCAGGGCCUGGCCGGAACGGCUA